GAGAAAAUCAUUAUUCUUUUUUACGCGCGAAUCGCACCCAGCCAAGUUGAGAGCUCGGAAAGCUACUGGUGGAGUGGUGGUGGUGGUGCUGGGUGGUGGAGUUAUUCUGAUGGCGUCUCACAUCAUUCUCCCCAAGGAGGAGGAGGAGGCGGAGCUGGGCGUGGCGGUGGAGGAGGACCACGACUCGCCGGCGGCGCCAGGGCACCAGCGGCAGGGGCCGGUGGCGAAGGCGCUGCCAUUCUCGGCCACGUGCGUGCGGAUCUCCCGCGACUCCUACCCCAACCUCCGCGCCCUCCGGAACGCCUCCGCCAUGAGCCUCCCCGACGACGACGCCGCCUACGCCAAGCUCGAGGAGGGCGACUACGGCUACCUCCUCGACGAUGUCCCGCACUUCACGGACUACCUCUCCGAUCUCCCCACUUUUCCUAAUCCACUGCAAGAUCACCCGGCCUAUUCAACCGUCAAGCAGUAUUUUGUCAAUGCAGAUGAUACUGUACCUGAAAAGGUGGUUGUUCAGAAGAACAGUCCUCGAGGAGUUCACUUCCGUCGUGCUGGGCCUCGUCAGCGGGUGUAUUUCGAGUCUGAAGAUGUGAAAGCAUGCAUUGUAACCUGUGGAGGCCUCUGCCCUGGGCUAAAUACUGUCAUUAGAGAGUUGGUGUGCGGCUUGUCCCACAUGUACAAUGUCAAUGAUAUAUUUGGCAUACAGAAUGGAUACAAGGGGUUCUAUUCGAGUAAUUAUCUUCCUAUGACACCAAAAAGUGUCGAUGACAUCCACAAAAGAGGUGGCACAGUUCUGGGAACAUCACGUGGUGGUCAUGACACAAAAAAAAUUGUUGACAACAUUCAAGAUCGCGGGAUUAAUCAGGUAUACAUCAUCGGAGGGGAUGGAACUCAGAAGGGAGCCUAUGAAAUAUACAAGGAAAUUCGUAGACGUGGUCUAAAAGUUGCCGUUGCUGGUGUUCCCAAGACAAUUGAUAAUGAUAUAGCGGUUAUAGACAAGUCCUUUGGCUUUGAUAGUGCUGUAGAAGAGGCCCAGCGUGCCAUUGAUGCAGCUCAUGUUGAGGCUUCAAGUGCUGAGAAUGGAAUAGGCUUAGUCAAACUGAUGGGUCGCUAUAGUGGGUUUAUUGCGAUGUAUGCCACUCUUGCAAGCAGAGACGUGGACUGUUGCUUAAUUCCAGAGUCUCCAUUUUAUUUGGAAGGGGAAGGUGGACUAUUUGAGUACAUAGAAAGGAGGCUGAAAGAGAAUAACCACAUGGUUAUUGUUGUAGCCGAGGGAGCAGGACAAGAUCUUAUUGCUAAAAGUAUAGCUGCAGCAGAUCAGAUAGAUGCAUCUGGAAAUAAACUGCUUCUUGAUGUUGGUCUUUGGUUGACUCACAAGAUUAAGGAUUAUUGCAAAAACAAAAAGAUGGAGAUGACUAUUAAGUACAUAGAUCCAACUUACAUGAUCCGUGCAAUUCCAAGCAAUGCAUCUGACAAUGUCUACUGCACACUUCUGGCGCACAGUGCCAUUCAUGGGGCAAUGGCUGGAUAUAGCUUCACAGUUGGAAUGGUCAAUGGCAGGCAUGCAUACAUACCAUUUCAUAGGGUGACGUCAACCAGAAACAAGGUUAAGAUAACCGACAGGAUGUGGGCGAGACUGUUGUCCUCUACCAAUCAGCCCAGCUUCCUGAGCCAGAAGGACAUCGAUGCCGCAAGAGAGGCUGAUAGGCUAGCCAGCAAAUCGCCUGUGCCAGUGAACACCAAGGAGCACGGAGAGGAUGCAAAGAAGCUGGCAAAUGGUGAGAAAUAGUAUGCUUUUGAUGAUUCUUUAGUUGUACAGUAGCCUAUUCGCUGAGGCCACGAUGAACCGGUCCUACUCGAUUUUUGUUUCAUUGUGCACCUCUGAUGCGUUGGAAUGGAUACACAUGAACACGAUCUUGAUUGCCUACGUAAUAAAAUAAAAACAUAUCUGUAUCGGAGAA